GACUCGCGCCUUGCUUAGACUGACUGACUGAAGUUAACAUGAGGAGCCAGGCUUUCCUGUUGACUGUGUUGGUGGUGUGUAGCCUGGGCCUCGCAGGCUACGUUCACCACAAGAGAAAGGAAGAGGUCAAAUUAGUCAAACACGCCUCUUUCCAAAACGUCAAGCACCGGGUAACCAGCGACGUGCUGCGGGAGUACAUGUCCCAUGUGGUGGAGUCGAACUCCCUGCUGGACAAGACCAAUAAACAGAUUGUCGACCUCACUGCUGAAGUGAAAGAAGCGCAAGAGGCCUCAGAUGCGAAGCGAGGUCUAGUGGAGACUUGCACCGGUGACCUGAAACAUAUAACCGAUGAAAUUGCGGGCAUAGACACUGAGAAGAACAACGCUGAUGAGGAGUUUAAGAAGAAGAAGGCCAACUUGCAGGAGCAGAUAGGCAACCUUAAAAAGGAAGUGGAGCAACACAGCAAAGUGUGUGACUACAUCAAAAAGGACUCUGACGAGGGGAGGAAACUGUGUGGCUUGGAGGCUCUUCCAAAAGAGCCUGUUGCUAAGGAAGACAAGAAAGAAGAGCCGCCUAAGGACGACAAAAAAGAAGAGCCGCCUAAGGAAGACAAAAAAGAAGAGCCACCUAAAUAACCCUUAAACAGAAAGUGGAAGGCUGGAGCUCCUAAGGCACAUUAAUGAAGCUAAAGCUAUAAAAGCAGACGAGUUAAUACACUAAUCAGUUCAACGGUAAAAAAAAGGAUUUACAGUUUACAUUGCAACACAUGCACACACAUACACAUUUAUAUACUCUCCUGUAGGUGUGUUUCUUUUUCCUGGUCUUUUACUUUAAGCCUCAAAACAAUGUUUUGACAAGUUUGUGAUGAAUCAUGGGUCUUUUAUCUUUUCUUUCUGUUGAUACUAAAACAGAGGAUACUGUUUUCUGAUAUGCAAGCUAAAACUGUUGUUUUUCAUUGGCAGUUAGGUAGCAUCUAACUUAACUGUUAGAUUAAUUGUUGUAGUUAUUGACCAUGCUGCACUGUUGAACAGUGUACACAAUAGUUUGUGUGAAAUAUCGCUGCCAACAGGUAAUCUGUGUAUUACAGAUUGUUCAGUUAUCUGUGACGUUCUGUAUGCCUUUCAUCAUGCAUGCUACAAUCUAAUUGGCUAGUGUUUUCCUGUCUGUUACUAGAUGUCAUAGAUUGGCUGAUUUUACAAAUCUGAGGAAUACGCUGUGGAUGGUCUAACUGAAUCUGUUUUGAAUUUCGGAAGUUGGUUUAUUAUUUAAUGUCAUUUGUCAUUCGACAAACUAAAGUGUUUUUUCCAAGAAGCAGGGUGGUAUGAUGUGGUAAUGAUAACAAACCUGUGAUCAUGCCUAUUGUCAUCAUUUCAACUGCCAAGUGAACUGUUCCAGAGCUGAGUGCCUUUGCUGAGGGAUUAAGCACAAUUACACACAGUCAGAACAUAUGGGUGGAGCUAGAAGUAGUGCAGACCAUUGUUUGGUCAAAUGGAGUCUCAUCACUCAAGUCAGACAAAUAUAAAUUAAUCAAUAAAUUAACUGAAUGUACUGUGCAAAUGUUUUAGGCACUUAAGCACAUUAUUUCAAACUAUUUAAUCUGGACAUUAAGUGUGUUUUUGUAAAAUUAUGUACAUUUGUUUUUCUAAAAAGAUUUGAUAUCUUGGGAGCUAGUUUGAAGAACACAGUUUGGUUUCAGAUUUAUCCUCAUCACCUCCAGCCAUCGCUUGGAUUUGUGAUAUUCCACCAGAUCACUUAAUUUAAGCUAAUGAAGUAUUGAUUCGCCAACCCAGGUGUUUGAUGAAGUAAUAAUAAUAAUACUGGGCUGCCAUGAUGAGAGGUUUGGUAAUGGUUAAACAAAAACAUUAACAUACAUAAACACACUACUUGUUGUAUUAAUGUUGUUUGUAUUUAUCGUAAUAUUAGUGUUUUUCUACUGGCCAGAUAAACAGCUUUUUAAAUAAAAUUAUUUUUAAGUGCCAAAAACUGUUGCACAGUAGUGUGUGUAUAGAAUUGCUCUGUCUCCAUGCAAAAAACUAAAUGCAGAAGGUUGAUGUUGCUGCUAAUAUUUGUGUUCAUUGUUAACUGUAGCAUUACCCUAUCUACCUUCACAAUUCUGUUGAGAAAUAUAAAGCAGAAACAGGUACUUGGCUACAGUAACAGUAGUUCAAUAUUUGGAUUAGUGACCAUACUGAGCUAUACCACACUGCUCACUGGAAAAACGCUUACAUUUUAGCAAUGGCAUAAGGCAUACAUUUUAGCAAAUGUUUUAGCAGGCCUCAGUACAUUAACCCACCAACCACAAACAUUGUAAUGUUGGCAGUUGGUUGUUUCAGAAUAUCUGGUGAAACAUUAUAAACCAAAUGACAGUGUGAUUGGGGAGAAGAUUCUAGAAUAGAGGGAAAAAUGUACUCUGGGACGAGGAAUCUAGAGUCUCACACAGACAUGGCACAUCAAUUGUUGGGUGAUUCUGCUUUGGCUUUAAUAAGAUUUGCAGAAUACAAAGAACUUUGGCCCAAACCCUUCCUGGUGGGAGUUGUAACCUAGGCUGCACUGGCGUGACAGUUUGAGGCUCAUGGAACCUUUUUGCUUUCCGAACUAGCACCAUCUGGAAAACAUGCCUCACCAGCUAUGCCCUGCAAUCGAUCAUUUUCUGAAAUACGGGUAUAUUUUGUGUAUGCAAACAUUCCAGCACUGUGAAUUCCCCUGCGUGGGACUAAUAAAGGAGCAUCUUAUUUUUAUUUUAGCUUGUCCAGGAUGAUGUAUGCAAAAUGUAUUGCAAUUGAUGUGCAAAAAAAACCCCAAACAUUUUUUACAGGUACAGUUUUGUUUUAAUUAAAAAGUCAAGCAGCAAUCUAAAAAGAAAAAUAAUUUAAAUAGCUUGCAUGGCCAAAUUGUCUCAUCUCUUUCUCUUUUUUAUUGUUUGUUUGACCUGCUAAUGCAUUCUUGCUUCAUUUAGGAGAGACAAAAAGAAUAAAUGAGAGCAGAGAGAGGGAACAAACAUUCCACAUUCUUUUGUUUCUCUCUCUCUCUCGCUCUCGCUCUCUAAUUAGUCAUAUUUUUACUGGUUAUGAUCAGUGAGUGUUAAUGUGAAUGGCAGUUAAAUGACCACUCCUGUAGUGGUUAUGUAUUGUGUAACAGUGUGUACAUGCAUGAGUGCACAUUUAGUUAUGUGUUUAAUUUGUGUGGGGGAUUGUCUUUGUGUCUUACUCAUGUUCUCCCAUAGUUACCUUAACUGUGUGUGUGUGUGUGUGUGUGUGUGUGUGUGUGUGUGUGUGUGUGUGUGUGUGUGUGUGGUGACCCUCCCUCAGGCUCCGUUGCUCUGUGGUACAUGCUCAUGCUUAUAUGAUAGUUUGUAUCGACCAUUCGAAGCACUCUGACCCUCUCACUGUCACCCCUCAUCAUCCUCAACUCAUUAACUCAGUGCAGUAGUGCAGUCGUGACCGUACUGCUACAAGCCAGUCAGAGGCCUUAGUGAAAAACAGAGUUAUAAAAGACCAACAGUUUGUUGUUAACGGUGUAAACUCUUCUAUGUGUCUUUGAUGAUCUGCAAUUUGAAAUGUUAAUAAAUUAUGCCACUGUAUUAAA